AUGUUUCAAUUGACUUUAUGUAUUUUGAAACCGGAUGUUGUUCGAUCGCCUCGUUUAUUUCAUGAAAUUAUCGAAUUAAUUCUUCAACGUCAGUUUAUCUUCGUAAAAAGCAAACGUUUACAAUUGAACAGUGAACGAGCUGGAGAAUUCUAUCGAGAGCAUCAAGGGAAAUUUUUCUAUAGUCGACUCGUUCAUUACAUGAGUUGUGGACCAAUCUCAUGUCACAUAUUGGGAAGGGAUAAUGCAAUACAAGAAUGGAGAUCAAUGCUUGGUCCAACUAAAGUAUUCAAAACGAUAUUUGAAGCAGAAAGUACAAUACGCGGUCAAUAUGGUGUAACAGAUACCAGAAAUUGUGGUCAUGGAUCAGAUUCGACUGAAACAGCUCAACGUGAAAUCAAGUUCUUCUUUCCUGAAUUUGAUAUGAAAUCAAUAUCAAAAUAUGAAAACCUUCUGGCGAACAAUUUAGUCUUUAACAGAGACUCUCUAGAGCAUCAAUUGCCAUCUUAA